AUGUCGAAAUCCAAAGAAAACAAUCUUCCUCCAAAACGCGAUGGUCACAAAGGCACUCGACCUGUCAAACCUCCCCUCCAUUCUACACGUCUCCACAAGUUCAUCUACAUUCUCGUCCUGCUCUCCACCAUUAUGACUGCCUACUAUUCCUAUCGACUUCUCCAGUGGAAGACCAACGUCGGUGGCUGGUGGAAUUUGGCGGUAGGGAGGAAACCUGCUCAGGUUAUGCAUGACUCCAGCGGUCAGCCGCAACGUGAACGUGCAGGUCGCGAGAACGAAAGCGUCGAAGACAGAAUAAAUGCCCUCGCACAGGCACUUGGAAUGCCUCCGAAAGAUCUUGCACAAGCAAUCGCAGGUGCAGUGAGGGAGUAUGUUCCUCCUGCCAGUUUAUCGUCCAUCCGCGCAAAAGAGACUACUGGUCCCGCCGUGGAUGUAUUGUUGGGCGAGAAGGCGGCACCCGAGGGCUCAGAGGGGCAUGGAAAGGCAGAAGGUGGCGCUAACUCUGGAACCGGUGGAGUAAUGGACAGUUUCGUUGGUUUCGACGAGCCGUAG